UUUUCAGUAUGAGCCAAGAUGGCAGGAGCGGAGGAUGAACCGAUGCACCUCUAUGAGGUGUUUCAGAACUGUUUCAAUAAGAUCGCGAAUAAGCAUACCGAUAAGGCAGUGUACUCGCCUGGGUAUGCUCCGGACAACGGCAUGGGCGUGAGUGGUGGUUACGUGGGAGCGGGGGCGGUAGGUGGUGCCACUGGAGGUGGCCCAGACGGUGCCACCUUCGCCCCAGACUCCCCCUACUUCCCCUUCACCAGUCCCUCGCGGCGUCCUCUACCACACAACGCGGCAGGGACGAAGAGGAAAAAAGAUGGACUCGACGGCUCGGAGAUAGACAGCGGACCUCCACAACAAUGGGUAGGUGUCGUGCAGCUGGAGAUGAAGGUAGAGAUAAACCCGCUUACUGUAGCAGUUUAUUCUGCCUAGCAGAGGGGGCGGGGUUAUAUCUUAGACUAGCUCUCUGGUCAAGAAUAAGGUAAUUAAUAAGAAGAGGGCCCAUUUGCCUGCUUCGACGGACGUCUCUCCCUGGAGUCAAGC